CUUAACGACCAUCAACCCGCUUGUUGAUUCGUCAUUCACUUCAGUCGCACGAGAUGAUUCGGUAACGUGAGAAAUCCAGUAAAUAAAAAAAAUCACGUUCGUCGGCGAUGUUCGAUCUUGGUUAGCAGCGUAGAAAAGAAAAAAAAAGAGGAAAAAAAGUGCCCCUAUAAGAACACAAAAACCUGCUGGUAUCCAAAAAUCAUUAUUUCUUUUCAAAAAUCAACACACGUCCCAUGUCAUAAAUCAUGGUGAAGCAGUCGUCAAAGUCAUUGGCCCAGAUCUUGGCAGCCAUUAAGAAGCUUCAGAAUGUCCGUGGCUCAACGUCAAAAGAGAUCAUGAAUUACAUAACGACCGAAUACGACCUGCCAGAGUCAACGGUAAAACGACAGAUGCGUUCAGCCCUGAAACGUGGCGUCGACUAUGGAAUCCUGAAGAAAGGACACGGCCAAUAUUGCCUGCCAGCGGAAACGGCUGCCGGUUGUCAGGAAGUGGCGACUCAGGAAUUGGGAAUCCUGGGUCUGUGUAGCAAGCAUCGCUCGAUGAGAUCGCGGAGGGGUCGAGGAAGACGACGACGCGGGAAGCGUCGCCGUCGCCGUCGUCGCGGCGGCAGGCGAGGCAGAAGACGCAGGAGGAGUAGAUACAGGAGACGCGGCGGCGAGCGGCGAGUCACGGGCGAUACGCUCAAAGGAAUUCUUCGUAUGAAUGCGCACAGGCCUUGCGCUCUGUGUUGGAACUUGGGUCGUUCGCCGCCAGGUGAAGAGUCGGCGCGAUGAUCGAUCAUUUAACGAACUGCGAUUCAUUCGAUUUUGUCAGUCUUUACGUGUCGCCGUGCGAAGCUUUGUACAAUUUUAUUUCUCUAAGACUAUUAUUUAUUCAUCGAACAAUAUAUUUACAUUACUUUUUGUCCCUGUAA